AUGGACCUUGCAAAACCAUCAGAAGCUACGAGCAGCAUUCUACUUGCCUCGACCACGCCAGCAGCCUCAGAGCGUCUACACGAGUUCCUGAAGGCCGGUCAAACCGUCAGGAGCUGCGCAGCGGUCCACUUCGAGGGCCCGGCCCCGCUCUUCAGCGACAUCAAGAGCGUCCCGGCUGCCGUCCCGCCCCUGCCAAAUGCUGGGGGCGUGAGGGGAGGGCACGCUUCCUAUGCGGCCAAGCGAGGGGCCGUCGACUUUGCGUUUGAUUACGGGCUCGCUUUCAGCCUGCGGCCUGCCGGAGCUUUUGCACGGGGCGGUUUCGGCUCGACGUGCCUUGGGCGCACCUGUGGCGGAAAGGGGGCCGUCUACGCUCGAGGGUGCAAUCCUUUCAUCUGGGAGAGGAAACGAAAUCGGGGCGGGGCACUCAUUUGCCGGGGCGGAGGAAGGCACCUUCUGUGCCUGCGGUGCGUGAAUGCCGAGUAUGAAGUUGGACGCCCCUUUGUCUCGAGCGCGAGCGGGUGCCCUGUUCCUCAGGAGGAGCUCUUCACCAAGUACGAAGCCUUCCCUGGUACGAAGGAGCUUCGAGAGGUACGGUCAGGGGAGGAGGCGAGCGAGGGCGGCUACCAGUUCUUCGUCCAGAGGAGGGACCUCGCCUCGUGUCCGUACUGCCGCGAGUCCAAGGCGGCCGCCCUUUCGAGGCGGGGUGUCAAGAGAACGCUCGAGGAGGGGCCAAGUCCACGGGAGCUCGGCACGCUGGCGGUCCUGUCGGAACUCCGUCGGAGCAAGAUCCCCCCGAUUGCUGUUGCUCCCGGCCUCUUUCUUGUGCCCUGCUCGACGCCUCUAGUGGCCGCCUUCUGGAAGUCUCCGCGACGGAACGGGGCCUCACUAACGUCCCACGGCUCGUCAAGCCGUUCGUUCGCGCGGGAGGUGACCAACGGCGCGCCUUGGGUGCUGCCGCUGGAACAAGGGGGGUGCGUGGGGAGUGCACUGUUUGGGUUGGACGCAGGGGCGUGGAAGGGCGGGCCGCAGCUGCGGGUCUUCGUCGUGAGCGACCCUGGAGAGGAGCCCGUGGUCUGCGUGCUUGGAGGGGAGACUGCGCACUGCAGCGGCAUCGACUGCUUGGGUUUGGAACGCUGCCGGCACCUUCUAAGGGUGCUCUCGAAGCAAACUUUGCCACCGACAGAGCGCGCAAUCGAUGGUUGCAAAAGCGAGGCGACGCAAAGUCUUGCUGAGAGACGCGCCGAGAGAGUCGCGCAACGGGAAGCGGGGGCGAGGAGGCUCUUGGUGUGCAACGAUUCGGUUUGCCGUCGGCCCGACUCAAAGGUGGUGUGCACGCACCGGGGGACGCUCGAGCCUUGGGAGUGUCUCUCGGCGGCGGCCCUUGACAUAGGGCACAGCCACAAGAAGGUCAACACGGUCAUGAGCCAGGGUGGAGCGAGUGUUGUGAGCCUUUGCGAGCGGUGGGGAGACGAGGGUGUACGGAAGAGGGACGAGGCAAAGUACUUCUGCGCCCCACGCCCCGCCGAGGCGCUCUCGCCAUGCGGCCGACCAUGGCAAGUGGAGAGCCGGAAGGGGGCGCUGACAACGGCCGGAGCGAGAUACGAGGUGACAACCUAUCGGAGGGUCUGCCGCAUUGCCCCAGGGCGAGAGGCGGCUUGCUGCUUAGUAGCCUACGACGGCCAGGAGGACGGCAUCUUCAAUUUCUCCGGCACCAACCUCAUCUCGCACGGGCUCCUCUUGCGCAAUUAUUUUGCCGCAGCCCUUGGAGCAGCCCACAGCCUCAACUUCGAGGCCGGUGACAUGGCCACAAGGAGCCUUGAGGGGCCGGACGUUUCCAGGCUGGACGACCGGGUCUUUGACGCCGCCAUGCAGGCCUUCAACGACCUCGCAGCACGCUCGAGGAUCCAGCACGUCUGCUCGCGCUUGGAUUGUUCCCAUCUCUACUCGAGCGAAGUGGAGGCGGCCGAGGCAGAGGCGCGUGCGGCCGGCACCCCCCUGAGGCCGGAGCGAACGGAGGGGCCGAGCUCCGAGCUGUCGACCUACGCUUUUAGGCGGGACAAGGUCAUCACUUUCGACGGCACAUUUUUUGCCAACUCAAGCGCGAUGCGGGAUUCUGGCAUGGAGGCGUCCUUGCACAGCAAUUGUGAGCCGGACCCCGAGGCGCCGAGGGUUGCUGGGGGCUUCACUCCGCUAAGCGUGGGCGGGGUGCGUCCCUCUGACGUGCCGCUGGAGGGGAUCGACUGCCCUUGGAAGUACCGGAACGGCCUCUCGGAGCUACGGCCGGCAAUACGGGCGCUGGCGCUUCGCUGGUGCAACUUUCGGAAGGCCCCGGCCCAAGGGAGCAACGCGCCUUUAAAGCCGGAGGAGUUCGUCGCUAUGCGGGAGGGGCUUCCGACCAACGUUGCUGCUUUGGUCGACCUCGCGAUCGAGUCGGGGGCUUGUGUUGACCCGGCCACGUGUGCCGUCUGCCGGGGGGUCCCGAGGCGGCCCUGGAUGCAAGGGUUUCUCAAGGAGGGGCCGGUGGGGCCGACCGGUUGGUGCCCCACGCACUUCCAGCCGUAUGGAGCCCUGCUCCAUGCCCUCCUCAUCCCCAGGUAUUCCUGGGUAUUUGGGCGCAUCGUCACUCUGAAGCUGCUGAGACACGUGUUGCUGGAGGGGCCUCUCGAUGCGCGAGGGAUGGCCUUUCUCUCCAACGACGGCCCUAUGCUGGCGGCCGUCCUGCGCCUCCAUCCCGUUGUUGGCGGACAGUAUACCUUUCCGGCGGCGCUGCGGCCGAUCGUGCGCGACAUCUACGCGACGAACCUCCUCUGCUUCGAGCCCAGCGCAAACCGGCCAGGGCCCUUGUCGCGGUCGCCUCUGGCCGCCCUCCAUGAUGCGACCGAGCACCUCUGGGCGAUCGAAGGCGAGAAGCUGAGGCUUGCGGGUCAGCUGGAGGGGGCCGCAAUGGAGUAUGCCGAGCAGCGCGGGGCGGCAUUGAAGGGGGCUGCCAACUCGCUUCUAUUUGAGCUUGAAGUUCGAGAGCCUUUGUGCUACAAAGAGGGCGGCUUCCUUCGAGCGCCGUCAGCGACUUACGCGGAGCGGGCCGGCGCCGUCUCGACCUACUCGUUCCAUCCCUUACUGUACGGCCGGCCUCGGUUCGUCGAUUGGGAAGACGAAGCCGGUCGGGGAAAGAGGGGUUCGGAGGAGCGGCUCACCCAACACUGCAGCGCCCCCAACCCUCGAUCCUCCAAAGGGCGCGCCGGGAUUUUCAUCGCGUGCUGUCAAGAUCGGGCGCCCCUCGGGUUUCACUGGCUAAAAGGGGGCGAAUCGGUUUGUGACAUGGGAACCGUCUUGAUCACGCGCUUCCCGUUCAAGACUCUUCGAGGGCUGACGAUCGUGGAGGACGCGGCUUGCAAUGCCCAAGAGUGGUUUCUCAACCGGGUGCCCUCGAUGGCCAAGUUUGUCUGUUUUGUUGUGGACAGAUUCCAUAGUGGGCCCGUCAGCUGCGCGCCGUCUGGCGCAAAGCGCUACGCGACGCACACGUGCGCUCCGACACUGUUCAUUGACAGCUUUUCGCAACAUCGCCAGACGAUCACGACGGCCUCAGAGAGGAUCAAUUCCGGGCUCAAAAGAUGUGCGGCGAGCCUCCAGCAGAUUACGAGCAUUAAGCGGCUGCUGAGCAGAGUCACGACAAUCCUCGACACGUUGUUUGAGCGCUCAAAGUACGCUGUCUACUGGAGAGAGGCUAGCAAUCCGUUAAGAGACUCGAUAAAGAGAGGGCAAUGUUGA